CAUAUUGUGUUUGCAGACAGACUGUCUUACGAGGAUGAUCAUUGUUUGCUACAUGGCCAACCAGCUAGAUUGCGAACUUGAGCUGGCGAGGAGGGUUUUAUUACGGAAGUUGGCUUGUUCAUACUGAACGAGAGCCUGGAGGAUGUCGAUUGAGACAGAGGCUUUGCUGCAGGAAGCGAAGGAGAGCAUCGAGGCAGCACAGAACUACAGGACUGAACUGCAGCAUCGGCUACAUGGACUCAGCCAGGCCCGCAAACAGGUGCGCGGCAGCGCCAGCCAGACGCGGGAGGCGCUGAAGCGGCACUUCCAGGACCUGCAGGCGAUGGUGACGCGGCUGCUGGGCGAGCGGCUGGCGGCGCUGCUGCAGGAGGUGGACGCCAUCGAGCAGGACAGCGUGCGGCCGCUCGACGACUGCCAGAAGCUCAUCGAGCAGGGCGUCAGCACCGCCGACGAGCUGCUGAAGGAAGGCGAGGCCGCCAUUCGCUGUGGCAUAGCGGGGGAGGACGACAUGCUGGGCAGAUUCACCAAGAAGGCUCUGCAGAUCCAGCUGGACAGUCUCCCCGAGGUGCCGGUCCUGGUGGACGUCCCCUGCCUGUCUGCGCAGCUGGACGACUCGCUGCUGCAGACGGUGCGGGAGCGCGUGGCGAGGCACGCCAGUGUCGCCUCCCACCCUCCCGUGCAGAUCGAGGAGCUGGUGGAGCGUCCCGGCAGCAUGCUGGUGCGCUGGUGCAAGGUGGACGAUGAUUUCGCGGUGCAGGACUACCGGCUGCAGUUCCGCCGCAGCCCCUCCUCCCAGUACGAGGACGCCUACAUCGGCAAGGAAACGGAUUACCUGGUGCUGCACCUGGACCCCCACACCGACCACCAGUUCCGCGUGUGCGCCAGGGGCGAGGGGCGCACCGAGUGGAGCCCCUGGAGCGUCCCACAAACGGGCUACACCACGCUAGCUCCCCACGAGUGGUGUCCUGGCACUGACGGCUACAUCCUGAGCAGCCGGAGGAACAUCGCCAUGCGCAGUGACUCCUCCCCUUCCAACGCUGGCGUUCUGUACUCCAACUCCGCCACCUACUUCUGCGGGCAGACCCUCACUUUCAAGUUCACUGCAGCUGGUCAGGGGGACAGGUGGGACAGCGUUGGGGUGUGUGUGGACAACCAGAGCGGGGCGGAGUCUCUGCAGCGGGACAAGGCCGUCUGCAUCUCCACCAACGGUGCUGUGUUUGUGAAUGGGAAAGAGAUGACCAACCAGCUACCGGCCAUCACCACCGGCUCCACUGUGACCUUUGACAUGGAAGUGGUCAACCUCUUCCCUGUCGGCAACAACCUCGGUGACGGGGGCAACUUCAAGCUGAGGGUGACCAUUGGCUCAGGGAACCGGGAGGUGGUAUUUGAUUGGCUGCUGGAUCAGAGUGUGGACUGCCUGUUCUUCGGCUGCUCCUUCACCUACCCCAACUGGAAGGUUCUGGUGUUCUGAUUCCCCCCCCUCCCGCCCCGAAUCUCCAGCGUCGCUAAACUCGACACAACGGGACGGGACGGGCAGGAAGAGGAAGAUCACAAAGCGUCAAGAACAACGUGCUUUUAAUUUCCCCCCAAGCGUCGGGGCGAACAGCGACGAGCCGCUACGUUUACAGAUUUAACUCCGCAGAAGAACGUUGAUGCUUGGUCAGCAGGCUGUUUACCUGAGCCCAGUAGCUCAUUAUUAGCACAGCAUCUGCUCGCCUGCAAACAAUCUUGCUUUUUUUUUUGGGGUGGGGGGUGGGGGGGGGGGGGGGGUGGAUUAUGAACCUGAGAACGCCCAGAGCCACAUUUCCAUAGCAACAGGCUGAGGCUCAAGAGAGGAUUACUAGCUCGGAGCCUCCAAUCUGGACGGGUGAGUAAGGGCUCGCAGUACUGCUAUUUUGAUCCGGUUUACUCUUUUUUUGAGGG